AAAACAUCUCAAAGGAAAAAAACAGGUCUCACCGUCUUCACCUUCCUUUUUGCUUCUCUCUCUAUUUUUUCUCCUCUGUCUGAAUCAGAAUCCCAAGAAGCUUCAAAAAUCCGUUGAAGCCAUCUGAAUCCUCGUUGCCUUUGAAUCUGCUAAUUGAUGAAAUAGAGGCCCCGGGGAUUUGAAUUCGGAGGGGGUCCAAGAACUUGUUACGGGAUGGCCUGCAGAGGGUGCUUGGUGUUCCUAUUGAAGCUAUUGAACUUUAUAUUGACCCUUGUUGGGCUGGCCAUGGUGGGCUAUGGGAUCUACUUGCUGGUAGAAUACAUGAAAGUAGCCGACACUGCGAAUGUGUAUUCGCCUGUGGGUGAAACUGACGCUCUGAUACAGCUUGGCCGUCCUAUGCUCACAACUGUGUCUCUUUCCGCUAGUUUUCUUGACAACUUGCCAAAAGCCUGGUUCAUAUACUUAUUUAUUGGGGUUGGAGUUAUUAUAUUUGUCAUCUCCUGUUUUGGUUGCAUCGGUGCUGUAACACGGAAUGGCUGCUGCUUGAGUUGUUAUUCGGUUUUGUUGAUUCUUUUGAUCCUGGUAGAGCUGGCUGCUGCAGCCUUUAUAUUCUUUGACAAAAGCUGGGAAACCGAAAUCCCGACGGAUGCGACUGGAGAUUUUGAGAUGAUAUAUGACUUUCUGGAAGCGCACUGGAGUAUUGUCAAAUGGGUUGUUCUUGGAGCUGUUAUCUUUGAGGCUCUAAUUUUCUUGCUAGCCCUUGGAGUUAGAGCAGUAAAUAGACCAGUGGAGUAUGAUAGUGAUGAAGAGCCAUUAAUCAACAGGCCGCCUCCAGUUCCAGCAACCGGUGUACCUGUUGCUGGGGCUGGAAAUCAGCGUCCAACCAGAAAUGAUGCUUGGAGUACACGCAUGAGGGAAAAGUACGGGCUGGACACAUCUUUGUAUCCAUAUGACCCAUCCGAUUCAAGCAGGUUACAGCAACCUCAAGCUCAGCCUCAAGAAGAAAGGAGCCGCUGCAGCAUCAUGUGAAAAUAGAUGUGGAUUUAACCAAAAUUUGAACUUGUUGGUUCAUGAAAGACCGCUUCUUGGACCAUUUUGUUCGAACUUUUUGAAGCUUUACUGAGGGUGGUCUUUUUGUUUUCGUUGAGUUUGUGUACAACAUUUCUUUCUCAGUUCCAGGGUCGGUCUUCUCUUCAAAAUGUAUUACUAGUUGGUGUGUAAAUUGUACUGCAGUUAGGAUUCCUUCUGGAUUGACACUAGUUUUAUGAACAGAGUAACUUGAGACAUUCUGGCAGUUACAAUUACAAAUGAUGUGGUCUUCUACUGGUUUUCAUUCAUAAUUUUCUCGCAACGUUUUGUGCCAGGCAUAGAACGUUGUCAUCUUUAUCUUGCGGAGUAUGAUGGUUUUUUUUUUUCCGAGCUCGGCUCAACCG